AUGCAUAUUCAAUCUUUUCUGCUACCUCAAUGGAAAUGGUUUGUUGACUAUGCAAAUGUGGGAAACCGUAUAUGGCUAGCAUGGGAUGAUAAUGCUAUUGAUGUUCAUAUUCUUGAUUUGGGUGAACAAUACAUACAUUGUCGUGUCAUGAAUAGGGCUCACAAUGAAAUUGUUAUCAUUACUGUUGUUUAUGGUGCUUCUGAAGUGAUUGGUCGAUGGGCCCUAUGGAAUUCUCUACAAACCCUUGCCCCACAGUGCACGGACAUUCCAUGGCUGGUGGGAGGGGAUUUCAAUGCAGUCCGCGAUAUUAAUGAGGUGUGUGGCAUCUCGGGAGAUAUAAGGAUUACUAUGGAAGAUUUCAACAAUUGUAUUCAGGAAGCUAGAUUGUUGCCAAUGCCUAUGCAAGGUGAACGGUACACUUGGCACAAUUGCAGCAUGUCUACGAGGAGCCUAUGGAAACGAUUGGAUAGGGUACUCAUCAAUGAUCGCUGGCUCGCACGGGUUCCUACUUCAUCAUAUCAUAGCCUUACACCCCGUACUUCGGACCACUCCCCGUUGGUCUUAUUUGGGGAUUCACAGCAUCAUAAUAAUGGAGGUAUGUUUCGGUUCGAUAAUUACCUAACCCUAUCGCCUGAUUUUAUCCCCAGUGUCCAGAAUAUUUGGCAACAUGAGGUGAUUGGCGUGCCUAUGUAUGCGGUGACACAUAAACUUAAGGCCCUGAAACCGGUCUUCAGACAACAGAGGAGGAAUAAAGGGGAUUUGUCCCAUAACGUCCAAUUGGCGAAGGGAUUUCUCGAGGAGGCGCAAAACUUGGUGAGCUUGGAUAGACAAAAUGAACUAUUCCUCUACCUUGAACACUGCUGUCCUUUUGUGUAUGCUAAAGCUGUCAAGAUAGAGCAAAUUAUGCUACAGCAAAGAGCUAAGAUGCAGUGGAUGAAGGGGGGUGACCAAUGUUCCAGGGUUUUCUUCCGCAAGAUCGCUCAAAGAAGGGCGGGGAGGAGGAUCUUGCAGAUCAAUGAUGAAAAUGGAACCACUCACACAGAACCGGAGGAGGUUAUACAUGAGUUUGUAUCCUAUUAUCAAAACCUCUUAGGAGAUGUGACCGAACGUCUAUCUGGGUUGAGUGGAGGGUCGCGCGAACUCCAGCCGGCGACGGACGAAGUCUUUUUCGAAUCUAAUGGCAAUCAGACCUUCAUGGAGAUGAAUAGAGCCCAAACAUAUGAAAAAGAUGGAAACUUGCGGCCUGAAUCAUCUGGUUUAAAAUUAGGGUUUGGCGCCGCCAUUGAAGACGCCAUUGAUGAGAACUCAAAAUUUUCUUUUUUUGGGUAA